AUGGCCAAUAAUAAUAAGACUUAUUAUACUGCUGUUCUUAUCAGGAAGUCCCCUGCAAAUCAGCCACUGGCCUCUACCUUGCUGACCACCUGUGGUGCCAACAAAAAGGUGGGUGACACAGUGUGCUGGGCAACUACUGCCCCAGUACAUGUCACCAAUGGAGGAGGUCCUCAAGACAAAGCCAGAUAUCGUUUUGUCAGUACAAUCUUAAAACAGCUUGCACCGCGCCUUCCCCCUGCGCUUAGCUACCAUCCACUUGCCCUUCCUGCUGAAAGACAAAAGUUGGGCAUUGACUACAAUACUUUUAAUAUCCUCAACUCUUCGUUCAAUUUACUUAAUUUAACAAAUUCCUCACUGGCCAAUAAUUGUUGGUUAUGUUUACAAAUGGGUUUUCCUGUGCCUUUGGCCUUUCCAACAACCAAUUCCUCACUUGCGCCCUACCAUAAUUGUUCUUUCUCGGUUCCCAUCUUGGUUCAGCCUAUCCAGUUUUUUGAGGCGCAUUGUUUCACUUCCGAUCUUAAUACCUCUCUUGACUUGGGUGCACUAGCUUUUUCAAAUUGCUCCACUUUUACCAAUGUCACCUCUCAGGUGAAUUCUCCUCUUUGUCCUCCCGUGGACACUGUUUUCAUUUGUGGAAAUAACCGGGCGUAUACCGCAUUGCCGACUAAUUGGACUGGUCAAUGUGUGUUGGGGUUCCUUCUACCUGACAUAGACGUUGUUCCUGGAAGUGAGCCCAUGCCCAUUCCAACGGUUGACCAUUUUUUCAGUAGAAGUAAGAGAGCAGUACACCUGAUUCCCUUAUAUGCAGGCCUGGGUAUAACUGCCGCCGUGGCCUCAGGGACAGCUGGAUUAGGCAUAUCUCUCUCACAAUAUACUAAACUGUCUCAACAACUUAUUAAUGAUGUUCAUGCUCUUUCUAGUACUAUUCAGGAUCUUCAGGAUCAGGUUGACUCCUUAGCUGAGGUAGUCCUUCAAAAUCGACGGGGCCUUGAUUUGCUAACUGCGGAAAAGGGGGGUAUUUGCUUGGUACUGCAGGAGAAAUGCUGUUUCUACGCCAACAAAUCAGGAAUUGUCCGCAAUAAAAUCCGACAGUUACAAGAUGACCUGGAAAGAAGACGCCAGGAACUAGCUGAAAAUCCACUCUGGACUGGUCUCAAUGGACUCUUACCUUACCUUCUUCCCCUCAUGGGUCCCCUAUUAACCCUUUUGAUAUUGGUUGUCGUGGGUCCUUACAUUUUUAAUAGGAUAAUCUCUUUUGUAAGACAACAGAUUCAGGCCCUUCAGGCAAAACCCAUUCAGGUACAUUACCAUAAGUUGGAGAUGCGAGAUAAGGGAGGCUCUUACUCAGACUUACGCUCAGUCUGA